AUGGCUAUGGAAACACCAACAUGUCUCAUAGAAGCCAUGUUGACGGAUAUUCUAGCGAGGCUGCCCUUGAGAAGCAUCGCGAGGUUCAAAACGGUGUGCAAAACGUGGAAAACGACAAUCGAAUCUCCGUACUUCCGUCGUGUCUUUGUGUCUGCUCACCGAAACUCCUCUUCCUCGUGGUCACUAUUACUGUGUGGAACAAAAGAAAUCAUAGGGUUCCAUGGAUGCGAGACAUGGGAUCUUCCAAAAUCUCCAGCUUAUUUCAUCCCACCGUCUCUUAAACACUCUAGUUUCGGUUAUUUCAGCUACGCGGCUUCUUCUAGUGGAUUGGUUUUGAUUAAUGACAGCUCCUACUCGGAUGAAUCUUACUGCUACGUGGGCAAUCCAGUUUUAAAACAGUGGAUUAGAAUCCCACCAGCUCCAAGUUCCUCCAUUGUGUUAGGUUUGGUUACUCGAGUGGACGAGGAUGGUGUCGUUUCCAGCUUCAAAGUGAUUAGAAACAUGUAUUAUAUUUCUCUUAAUGGUACGGCUUACUUUGGCUGGGUGAGUGUGUAUGGAGUACUCGUAGCUCAUGAUUUCUAUUCUGAAUCCAAUGAGUUCCGGGUUGUGAAAUUACCGGACUAUCAGAGUGACAAGAAGGGCUUAAGAAGAUUCUUGACUAUGUCCGGAGGCUUCAUCAUGUAUGUCACAGCAUUUUAUCAAACGGAAGAUGAUGUUAUGAAGAUUUGGAGGUUGAACGAUGAUGAUGAAUCUUGGAAACUUUUGUGGGUAAUCAAGCUCCCGAGUAUCAGUGUUUAUGUACCCAUGGCAAUGCAUCCAUUUGAUAUAGGCACUGUUUAUCUAUGUAGUCAUCAUGAUCGUCAUUUGGUGUCAUGUAACUUGCGGACACUAAACUAUACAAUCCUCAAGGAUGGAUAUCAAGAUUGUUUCAUUGACCAGUCUGUUUGUGACAGCUUUGUGAAUGGGGUAUCUGAUCCAAGAUCAUCUUCAUAUUUGUGGAAUGGAGUUUCAGUCAAGUUCUUACCAUUAGUUCUCCCACGGUGGAUGGGUUCGGUGCCUUGUCCUCCCCAAGCUGAGAUGAUAGAUACAGUUUCACUACUUUCUUAUAUGACUUCAACGGAUAGAACAAUGAAAAGGAAAAAUCGCAACGACAAUGAUUUUUAG